AUGAGGGUCAGUUCACCCAUCGAGGGACCCAAUCGUGCCAUGCACCACGUUGACGCUAGCGAGGGUCUGGAGAUGCUCGAAGAUAGCAUUUGUGGCCUUCGAAUCACCGAGAAAGAGCUUCAGACAGAGGCAGCUGAAUUCGGCGCUUUGCUGAAAGUGUUAGGACUAGCUACUAGCGUAUCCUGA